UUUUUGCUCACACACACCCCAACACAAGCUUUGAGAGGCUUAGUUGAAGCACAAUUCAAUUACAUUGUGUGAGUGAGGGGGAGGGGUGUAUUAAUAAGCAGUAAUGGAAAAGUCAGUGCCGAGAUCGACCGAACACGGAGUGGGAGUCUUGCUUAGACUCCCCCCGGGUUUCCGGUUCCGUCCAACCGACGAAGAGCUCGUCGUGCACUACCUCCGGCGGAAGGCCUUUUCGUGCCCGCUCCCCGCCGCCGUCAUCAACGAAAUCGACCUCGGGAUGUGCGAUCCUCGGGAUUUGCCCGGUGGAAUUGAAGGUGAGAGGUACUUUUUCGCGCUGCGAGAAGCGAAAAACUUGGGAGGGAAUAGAUCCUGCAGAGCAACAAGCUCAGGCUACUGGAAAGCCACAGGAAAAGAUACGCCGAUUCUAUCCUCGAAGAAGAACCACCUGGUGGGGAUGAAGAGAACACUGACCUUUCACCGCGGGGAGCCGCCGCGUCGCGCUCGCACCGAUUGGAUAAUGCACGAAUACCGCCUCGCAGUCCCUGCGAAAAACAAUGCAAUCCAUAGUUGCAGUGCUCAGCAGAAAGAAUGGGUGGUCUGCAGAAUUUUCAAGAAGAACAGAGCAGGAAAGACGUCUGGAGAUAAUACUCGAAUCUGGCGCGGCGAUGUUCGCUUCACGCAUCACGUGACGCGACGAGAGGAUAGAAUCCGAUCUUCUCCGCCGUCGCCCUCUUCUUCUUCGAGCUGCGUAACCGAUCUCUCUGACGAAGAAGAAAUUAGCUGUUAGAACAGUAAUGCUGUAUGCCUCUCAAAGAGAGGCUUAAUUAGGCUGUUUCCCUUUCUUUUCUUUUUCUUUUUUUUUUUUCUGCUAAUGUAUCAGAACAUUUCCUUAACUAAUUCAACCCAGCUUAAAACAAAUUUCGAUCUGGGGACAAAA